AGGCGCCGCUGCCGCAGUUGCAGCAGCAGGUGAUAUUCAGCGGCCUGGAGCAGGACGCCAAGCUGGUGUACCACUGUGGGCUCACGCCCAGCAAGCUGCCCUGCUUGGUCGAAAACAAUCCCACGAUCGCCAUCGAGGUGCUCCUGAAGCUCAUGAGCAGCUCGCAGAUCACGGGGUACUUCCAGGUGCUGGUGAACAUGGAGAUGAGCCUGCACUCCAUGGAGGUGGUCAAUCGGCUCACGACCGCCGUGGACCUGCCGACAGAGUUCGUCCACCUCUACAUAUCCAACUGCAUCUCAUCCUGCGAGAACAUCAAGGAUAAGUACAUGCAGAACCGUUUGGUGCGCUUGGUGUGCGUGUUCUUGCAGUCCUUGAUCCGGAACAAGAUCAUCAAUGUUCAGGAUCUGUUCAUUGAGGUGCAGGCGUUCUGCAUCGAGUUCUCGCGGAUACGCGAGGCAGCGUCCCUGUUCCGGUUGCUGAAGACCAUGGAGAACCAAGUCCCGUGAGGUUGUGGACAGAUGCCGGCGGCGGAGGAGGCAGGAGGAAGUGCAGCGGGGAGGAGUGAGCGCGCUCUAGCUCCUCGUCCCUCCCUGCGCCCGCACAAGAUGGGGGUGCGGCGGCGGCCACGGGCGCGCCUAUCAACGACGCGCGAUCGGCCCGGCCGUUGCCCGGGCGGGUGGCAAAAGGCGCGCACGCUACUUUUUGUUGCUGGCUUCCUCGCCGAGCGAUUCGUCCUCUAUUUGGGCGGGCGAGGGACUUCUCGAAGACGCCCACGGCGAACCACCAUCUUGGGGACCAUCCUGG